AUGCUGGCGGUGCUUUUGUACGGUAUUCGCGGACUGAAACAGCGAUGGCGAUACAACUGGUCAGAAGAGUCGGGACACACGAAGCAGCUUUUCGUCGCCUCGUUCUUGCGAUGUUUCUUGAUGGGAGUCGCUGUUCAUAUGCCUCUGUUGCUCAAUUAUGGUUCGCCCGAGCACACACAACUGAAGGACCUCAAGGAUGUGAUGGUCAGAAUAUCACUCUACACUGUCGUGCUCGUACUUCAGCCACUGUGGUACAUAUUGACGAUGCCGGAAUUCAGCGCCAACGCUGGCGUGUUGUUCAAUCAGUACGGUCAGAACACUGAAAGGAAAUGGCAAAGUGCAGCGGACAUGGGUGAAAAUGUGCUACUAUUUGAACUCAGCAAUCGACUAGACAGGGACAGUUCGGUAACUGAAUAA